GAAUCAAACGAAAAUAGACCUUACGCCACUUACACUCAAUACAAAAGGAAUUUUGUAGAAAGAAACCUACCAAUAAAUUGACGGUACGGUAGAAUUUUACGUCACAAAAUCGUCUUGUUGAACUUUAAAUGUCACUGUCAAACUUUACCAUAGUAAUUUGUGACAAGUUAUGUGCGCGGGCGCCGGGAAAAAUAUAAAACUCGGGAACGGGAAGUUUUUUUUACAACUUUUCCAAUGUGAUUCUUAUUAGAAUUUUUGAACUAUAAUUUAAACUAGUGAUAAAAUAAAGUUUUAAUCAUGGGUGUCUCGAGUACUACCAUUAAUGUAUUCGUGGGAUGUUGCGCUAGCGCUUUUCUUAUGGAAAUUCUAAUGGCAAGUUGGCCUAACAGUGCGAAUUUAGUAACUUAUUUACAAUUUUUCUUUAUUUCCCUGCAAGGAUUUAUAGUAACAACGAAAUGGGGAACGGUUGGUCCAAAGAUACCUAUAAGGCAGUAUGUGCUACUAGUCACCCUCUUCUUUGUGACUACUGUGGCUAAUAACUAUGUGUAUGCCCUGCAUGUGCCGUCCACAUUGCAUAUGAUUAUACGGUCAGCGUCAUCACCCGCUAGCAUGCUAGUCUACUGCUGUGUGAAAAAACAACUACCAAAGCUGAACAAUGCCAUUGGUUCUAUACUAAUCAGUGCUGGAGUGGCCCUGGCCAUGUAUGGUGGUGCUCCUACAGACGAGGAGAACAAAGGCACCUUCCUGUAUUGGUGUAUAGGAGUCACCAUACUCUUGGCCACACUGAUAACUGGUGCUUUCACCGGUUUACAGCAGGAGAGACUGUAUUCUAGAUAUGGAAAACAUCCUAAUGAGAUGCUGUUUUACACCCAUGCAAUUCCAUUACCUGUGUUCUUGACACUAUCACCUCAACUGCUAAGUACUGCAUCAAUCCUGCCAUUUGCAGCAUGGGCGCUAAUAGCUCUCAAUAUACUUUCCCAGUUCUAUUGUACACAUUCAGUACAUGAGCUAGCAACCAAAGAAACUUCAGUCACGGUGACAUUCAUACUAACUCUUAGAAAGUUCGCUUCUCUAUUGAUCUCUACGAUUGUAUUUAAAAAUAAUUUGAACGUUUAUCACGUUAUUGGGACUGUGUUAGUCGCUAUAGGCACUUGUGUAUAUUUCGACUUCUUCUCCGCUAGACGGCAAAGACCCGUGAGUAUGAAGACUAAGUAAUAUUAUUAUGUAUUUUUUGUGAACUGACUUCAUGACAUUCCUGCCGAAUUUAUUAUUAUUAUUGUAGCAAUGAGAGUCAUUGUGUUGUGACUUUAUAGAUCUUUUUAUGUUUUAAGAGUUUAUAGGUGUCUAAAUUAUAAUUAUUUGUAAUGAUCAAAAGUAUUUGUUAUACAUAUAUCUAUUUAUAUAAAUGUUUUGGUAUAAUUUUAUAUUUUAUGUAAAUUAGGAUAAGAAUAGAAUAAAAAUUUCGAUAUUAUUUCCACAUUUAUUUAGUAAUCUUAAAAUAUUUUGUAACUAUGUGUAUCUAGUAUAUAUGUGUUGAUUCUUACAAAAGAAAAAUUAUACAACUUUGUAAGGCGUGAGUGUUUCUUCAAAAAACUUUAGCAUUUUACAAGGUAGAUAUUAUCUUCACUGUGAAGUAAACAAUCUAAUGAUUGAAAACGGCUACAGAAUGCUUCUAAUAUCUUCCUCAGAGUCUAAUUAUGGAUUCUCAUAUGAUGUGACUGGUAACCAAGGUAUAAAAGCCUCAGCCGUGGCUUGGAUCAUUAAACCACUGACCUCAAUAACCACCCAGUAACAAUUCGAGAGAAUAAUGAUUUUCUUACAUAAUUUUUCAAACAAACACCCAUCUAAUUGGAGUAAAAAUAUACAACCUUACAGCGAAUUAUAACUACAAUAGACAGAAGCUGCUUGUACCAUAAAGGAUUAAAAAUAUAGUUGUAGUAGCCUACUGGAUUCAUACACACAAUCGCUCUAUUCACAUCACAUCACUUAUAUUACAGUAUUUGUCCAAGUUUUUCUUUAGAAGCCAUAGUCUCAUCUUCAAUGUCUGAAAAAAGAAAA